AAAUACAGGGGGAAAAGCAAGACGCGUGAGCACUUCCUUAUCGUCUCUUCCUUUCACCCCCUCGACCCCGAUCGAAUCGCUCGAACAAUUCCCUGUGCAUCGAUCGAUCUAGGCUUGCGCGAGGAUCCAAUUCCAUCCGGCUCUCCUUUGAGCUCGUGAUCCUCGGAGUUGGAGGAGUUCUUCGCGAGUCUCUUUUUGCCCCGAUUUCUUUUUGGCUUAUUUGUGCGAGCUUUCUCAGGAGCAGAAGGGAAGAGGCAGUUUGCAAUUCCGAUGCACCCAGGCCUCAAGAUUCAACUCUGAGGCCUUAUCCGAGGCAUCCGCAUCGAUCUCCGCAAGAGGAUGGGUAACGUGGGAAGCAACGGUGGAGGCGCCGCCACUGGUCACCGCCGUCGGAGCUCCGGCCACGGCCAUCACCAGCAGGCGCCGCCGCCUCCCCAGCCGCAGGAGACUGCGCCCAACCGCUACGUGUUCGCGGCCGCCACGCCGUACCCGCCCCAGUACCCUAACCCCAAUCCGCCGCAGUACUACCCGCAGUACGGGAACUACUACCCGCCGCCACCAUCAUCCGUGCCGGUGCCCCUUCCGGCGCCGUACGACCACCACCACAGGCCACCCACCGCCGCCCCUGGCGAGUUCCCGCCCCCACCCCCCGUCCACCCCCACAACUACCCCGGCUGGGCCGGGCGGUAUCCCUCCUACGGACCGCAUCUGUCUAUGCCGACGCCUUACGUUGAGCACCAGAAGGCCGUCACUAUCCGCAACGACAUCAACCUUAAGAAGGAGACGCUUCGGAUCGAGCCUGAUGAAGAACGCCCUGGCCGCUUCCUCGUCGCCUUCACCUUUGACGCCACGGUCGCUGGCAGCAUGACUGUUUACUUCUUUGCAAAGGAAGAGCUCAACUGCAAUCUAACAACAGUGAAAGAAGACCUAAUUAAGCCCAUUACUGUUAGCUUCAAAGAGGGUCUUGGUCAAAAAUUCAGGCAACCUUCAGGAACAGGAAUUGACUUUUCAGUGUUUGAAGAAUCAGAUUUAUUAAAGCAGGGGGACAUGGAUGUAUAUCCACUUGCAGUUAAAGCUGAAACAACAUUGUCUGUUGAUCACCCACCAGAAGGGGAUGACCAAAAGAUGAUAACUCCUAACUCACAGAUCACCCAGGCCGUUUUUGAAAAGAAAGAAAAUGGGGAUUAUCAAGUAAGAGUUGUUUGCCAGAUCCUCUGGGUCAAUGGAACUAGGUAUGAACUGCAAGAAAUAUAUGGCAUAGGGAACUCCAUGGAAGGUGAUGCUGAUGCAAAUGAUCCAGGGAAAGAAUGUGUUAUUUGCCUCUCAGAACCAAGGGAUACUACUGUCCUGCCAUGUAGGCAUAUGUGCAUGUGCAGUGAGUGCGCCAAGGUCCUGAGGUACCAAACCACUCGGUGCCCCAUCUGCAGGCAGCCUGUGGAGCGUCUCCUGGAGAUCAAAGUGAACAACAAAUCUGAAGAUCAGCAGCAGACGCCCCAAUCGCCACCGCGCCCAGACCUGGCUCCGCAGCAGGAAGGGGUGUAGCCGUGAUCAAAGUCAGUUCUGAGGUAUUAUAUGGCUCGAAUCUGCGGACCUUCCUGAAGGUUUGUUCUCUCAUUUGAGCAACGGGGGAUGCAACUGGUACUUUUACCUUUAGCAUAUGUAAGCUUCUGGCAUCGCAUGGCUUUGCCGACCUCUGCUGUAUCUGCCUAUCUGGAGGUCGGAGAGCAGGAUGUCAAGGAGAGUGUGUAUCAUAUAUACAUCAUGCAUGCGUGUGCCAUGGCUACCUUAAGAAGCGUAUCGAGGAGGAUUCCUGAUGCCUGGUUGACUUCCUCCAGGGAAAAAGGGGAAGAGAACUAGAGAAGAGGUGGUCUCUUAAAUCUGUACAAAAAUGACUAUUUCACCUUGAUUCCAUACCUUCUCUGUUAUGGCCUGAAAAGGUCGAUGAGUA